ACUGACGCCGGUACAUUGGUAGUGUUGGCAGAAAAAAUGGUUUUCAGUAUUUAAUUCGACAUAUUCUACUUUGAACAGCUAUAGAUUUUUUUAGAGACAUUCUAGCUCUUCAGUGUCUUUGGUAAAGUGGUUAGGCAUCUAAAAUACUAUAUGUACUUUAACGUAAUUUAGUGCAUCAAUGAAGCAUUACUGAGCUCUCCAGAAAGAGUAAUGUAAAUAAGAUUGUUUGGAGCACCGAAAGGAACCAAAAAAUCUUGGUUCUGGAAAAUCGAUCACUUUGCCCCACCCUUAUGGGUACCUAUAUGUUUUGAUAUUGUAUAUUAACAUUACACUAUCUGGUUCGUAUUUGUACUAUAUGACUUACGUUUUUUUGCACGCAAGGCACUCAUAUACAACUCGUUCUUCAGGUGUUUUGUGUAAGUUGAGAUGGACAUGGAGUGCACGUUUCCAACAAAAUCGCUUUGGGCAAUGAUUGCAUGCGUAUGGUUUUUGGUCUUCUGGUAAAUGUGUUUGUCGAUGUGAAAUAAGAAACCGAGGUCUCGUGACCAUAUAACCGCAAAUAUCGCAUCUGCAAGUUUAAAUUUAUGAAUUAAUUUCAAAUAAAAAUAUUUUCUGCAAAAUUUUAAUUUAUUCUGCGCGAACGCUCAAUUUUGAAUGUUUUCACUAGAAUAGUAUUACUUGAAGGCUUCCGGUUGAAUAUGACGAGCCAUGUGCAUUAUAAUUGCUGGAUAGCGGAAAAAUUUAGUUUGGCAGCAUAGUACAUGUCCCUCUUGGUUGUGGAUAGUUUUUUGAUGCGAAAAUAGAUCUGGAAAAGUUCUUCAACAUAAAAAAGAAAAAAAAAUUAGAUAAUGAUUUACAAAGCACAUUUUUGUUCACAUAUAAUACAAAGCACAUUCGUUGAAUAUAUAGUUAAGUGGCAUGUAUUCAUGAAAUUGAAACUGUAGUAUGUAUUAAUAUGAGCUAUGUCGGUUACAAGAAUAGAAUGGUAGUUUUUACACUACAUUUUUAUUUCACUUCACUUUUUAAUUCUAUCACUUUUUACUCAUCACUUGCAAAUGCGCAUUCCAACGCUUACGUUAGAUGGACUGUUCAUCUAAGCACUGAAGAAAACGCUAUGUAAGCUUUAAAAUGCGCAUUUGCAAGUGAAAAGAUAUAGAAUUAAUGAUUUCAACUGCUCUUAUAAUUUUGUCGUGUAUCUUAAAAAAAGCAGCUAACAGAAAUAUUACAGAACAUUUAAGUUUGGAUGGAUUUAGUGCAAAUUUAAAUUAUAAAUUUCAUUUAAAUAUUCUAAUACAAGUAUGCUUAAUAAUGAUACUUUCUUUACAAUUUUAAUUUAACUUAUAUUAUUUUUGGAUACGUGAGUUCUGUAACUUUUUUCAACACCACUCAUUAGCUUCUGCAAAGUAGGCAUAACGUUGAUCGAUGAGGUACUUGGUUUUUCGCUACAUUUCGUACUAAUACUGAAGGAUGCCACUUGUAGUAAUCUGUUAUCUUUCUGUCCAUUGUGGGUUUAGCAGGCUCGGGUUCUCUACCACGUCUCGGGGCAUUUGUAAACGUAUACUCUUCACCAUACUUUUGUAAUGUAGUUUAGCUGCUCCGACACACACCUUCUUCUUUGUAUAAUUUUCUGAUCCAAAUACCACUCACGAUGUCAUAUUUGUGCACAAUUUGUUUUCUUAGGUCGGGAGAAAGGCCACGCAUUGCGCAGAUAAAAGUUGUGACAAUUUUUUUUUACUUACUAAUAGCGAAUUUCUUUAUUCCACCUGUUGUGAACGAUACCACAGGGCAUACAGUUCGCUCUCCGGGAUCAGGCAAAACAAUCACCAGCACACAGUUGGCUGCCCGGGAUCAGGCGAAAAAAUCACCAGCGCUGACGUUAUCACCAGGGGCGCACCAGCCAGCAGAGCGACCGCGAGAAACAAUAGAGAAGGUGACGGUGCAAGAUCAGAAGUGGUGAUUGUAGCGCAGUGAUUUGCAGCGAAAUUUAUACAGGCUAAUAAGAUAGCACAAUUUACAUUCAUUUUCAUUAAAUUAAGUAGUUCUAAUCUAAUAAAACUCGAAAUAAGUAAGUCACAUGAAAACGGUAUUGGGAAAAAUUAAAUUAAAAUAAAAAUAUAAUCUAUUAGGCAUAAAUAGACUAAAAGUAGUCUUGGAAAUUCUUUGAUAGAUUAAAUCGGUAUUCAACCUAUGUGAGUAAAACUAAUUGAAAUUCAUUAAAACCCAAAUUUAUUGAUGCACAAAAACAGUUUAAAAUAGGAUACAAGUUGCAUUGGCGCUACGGAUCUGUAACGGCAUUAUCUAUCUGCAGGAGGAAAGGCAAAUUUGGGUUUGUACACUAUAAUUGUAAGCCGAAACAUUUAUAUCUUUAAUUAUAAGUAACUCAACCUAAAUAAAUAAUUUGUAGCUUUGAUCAGCUCCAGAAGAAGUGGCUGAUUUCAAUAACUUAUAUUUCUACAACCCGAACGAAAUCAAAGAAUUAUAACCUCAAAGGAUGGAUUCUGCCGAUGAGUCAUCAUGUAUGCUAUGCGAUGCCCCCAAUAGUGCAUGUGAUAUGGUACAGUGUGAUUCUUGCCAUCAGUGGGCGCAUUUUUUCUGCGUCGGGGUAACGAAGGCAAUUGAAGAUCGUGACUGGAACUGUAAAAAAUGCACUAAAGAGUUGCUGGUUCCAAAAACGAACAAACAGUCGAAAAGGACUGGAAGCCAGAAAUCCAAAAGUGAUGGAGGGUCUGAGCACGAAUUGAGUACGUCUUUCGCCACUUCAUUACGAAAAUUGGAAGAAGAGCAACGAAUUAAGGAAAAAGAAAUGGCAGAGGAAAUGAUUCUUCAAGAAAGAAGGUUAGAAAUGGAGAGAAUAUUAAAGGAGAAAAAAAGACAGAUGGAGACCAAACUUCUCGAAAAGCAAUUGUCACAAGAAAGAGAAUCGAAAAAGCAGCAAUUGGAGGAAGAGCGGCAAAUGUUAGAAAGACAGUUGGAAGAAGAAAAAACGUUUUUGGAGGAAAGGAAGAAUAUGCAGCAGGAAUUUCAAGCAGCGAAACAGAUGAUUGCAGAGAAGUACGUUAGGCAAGGCAUUACAUUAAAUAAAGAUAGACAUGAAGAAAGGGGUAUGUUUUUUGGCGAAAAGAUUGAUUUUUGGAUGCAAAAGCAAGGAGAAAAUUCAAGACACGAACCCAAGAAAGGUGUAGAGGAGCAAAAUUGUAUUGAUGAAAUUGAGGCAGAAGACAGCGAUCAGAAUUCUGAGGGAAGUUCUGUGGUGAGUUACCAUGAUGAUGUUCCGGAAAAGUACAGUACAGAGGAAACGCGAAACCGAAAUAGAAUUCGACAGCCUACGAAAUUAUCUGCAGAACAUAUAGCAGCUCGCCAGGCGAUCUCGAAGCACUUACCCGUGUUCAAAGGUGAACCGGAGGUGUGGCCAAUAUUUAUCAGUAGUUUCGAAUUUACAACAGAAGCCUGUGGUUUUUCAAACUUAGACAACCUAAAACGACUACAAGAUAGUCUGCAAGGGAAUGCUCUAGAGGCGGUGCGUAGUAGAUUGGUACUUCCAAGUUCAGUCCCGGACGUCAUAGAAGACCUUCGCCGAUUAUUUGGGAAACCGGAAAAGCUGCUGAAAACCCUUCUCACAAAAGUACGCAAUUCGCCAGCACCUAGAGCCGAUCGUCUGGACACAUUUAUUCAGUUUGGGCUGACAGUAAAACAACUUUGCGACCACUUGGAAGCGGCAAAUUUAAAGGAACACCUAAGCAAUCCAAUGUUAGUUCAAGAGUUGGUGGAAAAACUUCCUCCCAACUAUCGGCUAGACUGGGUCCGAUUCAAACGAGGGAAAAAUGGAACGCCUCUCAGGAUGUUUACUGACUUUAUGAACGACAUCGUAUCCGACGUGUCCGAGGUGACAGAGUUUGUUCCUCCUGGUGUAUGGGAAUCGUCAUCGCCGUCGUUCAGUAAAGCGAAUACAAAACGGAAGGAGUUUAUGCAUGUGCAUAAUGCUGUAUCCAGCAGAACCGAAGAUCAUUCAGACAUUAAAGGAGUCAAACCAUGUUGGGUCUGCAGAAGAACAGAUCAUAAACUCAGAUUCUGCGACGAUUUUAAACGGAUGUCCUUGGUUAACAGGUUGAAAGUGGUAGAGAAAAAUAAAUUGUGUACGCUUUGUCUUAACAAUCAUGGGAAAAGUACAUGCAAUUUCAAAAUUCGCUGCAAUGUUGGUGGCUGCCGAGGCGGUCAUCACCCAUUGUUACAUCGAGUUGAAGCAGCCGUUCAGAUUUCAAAUGUGAAAUGCCACGCUCACGAUCGAAUAGGUCGAUCGGUUAUUUUCCGAAUAGCACCAAUUAGCCUACAUGUUGGCGAUCGCGUCGCCACCCUUCUGGCAUUCUUUGACGAAGGGUCAUCUGCUACGCUAAUUGAGGAAUCGGUGGCAAAGCAGUUGAAUAUUAAAGGAGUUGCAGAGCCUUUGGUGGUUACGUGGACUGGAAAUGUUAAAAAAUAUGAAAAUACAUCAGUAAGAGCUAACGUAAAAUUGUCUGCACAAGGAUCUGACACCAUGUUGCCAUUGACAAAUGUACGCACUGUGAAACAGUUAAUGUUGCCUGAGCAAGAUCUACAGUCUCAAGAACUAACAAAUCGAUACCCGCAUCUUAGCAAUAUUCCCGUGGCAAAUUAUGAACGUUCUAGGCCCGGAAUAAUUAUAGGUUUAGAUAAUUUACACAUUUUCGCACCUCUUAACUCGCGCGUCGGUCCAGCAGGAGAGCCAAUCGCUGUGUUCACGAAAAUAGGCUGGAUGAUAUACGGGCCUGAGCCCCGGAAAACGACUGCAGAAGUAAGCCUGAAUUUUCAUUCAUACGAAGCGAUAACGAAUGAACGGCUUCACGAUCUAAUUCGAGAACAAUAUGUUGUAGAAAACUUAACCACUCCUUUCGAAGGCUUAUUGGAAUCUUCGGAGAAUCAACGAGCACGAGCAAUUCUCGAAGCCACUACAAUUCGCGUUGAUGACCGUUUCGAAACGGGUAUGCUGUGGCGUGCUGAUACGCGCCAUUUUCCUGACAGUUACCCAAUGGCUGUCCGAAGAUUGAUAUCAUUGGAGAAAAAGCUGGACAGGGAUCCAGAAUUGUUUCAGAGCGUACAUCAGCAGAUUCGAAAAGGAGCGCUAGGGUGUGUUGCAUACUUUCGAGCGAUUGUGGAAGGAAAUGUGCGAUGCGUGCUGGUGGCAAGCCGCGUGAAAGUCGCACCAUUAAAACCUGUCUCUAUCCCUCGUCUAGAGUUGCAAGCAGCAGUCAUAGGAGCCCGGCUGGCAUCCGCAGUACGAAAAAAUCAUUCUUUCGAUACUGAAACGCAAUUCUUCUGGUCGGAUUCAACCACUGUUCUCUCGUGGAUCAGGUCAGACCAUCGUCGUUAUAAAGAGUACGUAGGACAUCGCGUGGGUGAAAUUUUAUCCAUCAGCCGGCUGCCUGAAUGGAAAUGGAUUCCCACAAAACUGAACGUGGCCGAUCAACUGACGAAAUGGACUAGGGACCCGGAGAUGAACGCUGCUUCCACUUGGUUCAAUGGACCAGAUUUCAUGUACCUUGGAGAAGAAAACUGGCCGAAGCAAAGGGCGGUUCAGGCUGAAACAGAGGAAGAAAUAAAAGUGCAUCUUAUGAUUCACGAUGUUGAGGUGCCAGCAGCAGUUAUAAAAGUCGAGCGUAUAUCAAAAUGGAACAUCUUGGUUCGAACGUUAGCAAGCGUCUAUCGGUUCCUGUCGAACUGUAAAAGGAAAAUAAAUCGUUCACCACUAGAAACGUUGAGAGCUUCGCUUAGACAAGCGAAUCUUCUAAAAUCAAUAAAAUAUCCAGUAGUAAUAACCCCCUUAAAACAGCAAGAACUAGGAAAGGCAGAACAGACGCUUUUCAAAAUGGCACAAAUUGCUGUUUUUGAGCCUGAAUUUAAAAUUCUCAAAAAGAACGCAGAAUUACCGAUGGAAAAGUGGUUGAAGCUAGAAAAAUCUAGCUUGCUUUAUAAACUUACUCCGUUAGUCGACGGCCAAGGAAUUAUUCGUUCUGAAGGCCGUACUGGUAGGGCCGAGUUUUUGCCAUUCGACUUAAGGUUUCCUAUCAUACUACCAAAGGAUCAUAUCAUUACAGCAAAACUCGUCCAGCAUUUUCAUGAAAAAUUUGGACAUGGUGGGCGUGAAACGGUUAAAAAUGAACUUAGGCAGCGUUUCUUGAUACCGAAAGUAGGAGCAGUAAUUGCAAAAGUUGCCAAGACGUGCGUUUGGUGUAAGGUAAAGCGAAAUCACCCGGCGACUCCUAGAAUGGCAGCUCUUCCUGUUCAAAGACUUAUGCCCUACCUGCGCUGUUUCAGCUACGUGGGUGUGGACUAUUUGGGGCCGUUCACGGUAGUUGUGAACAGGCACAGUGAAAAACGGUGGAUCGUCUUAUUCACAUGUUUAGUAGUACGAGCAGUUCAUCUGGAAGUAGCUCAUUCGCUGACUACACAAUCCUGUCUCAUGGCAAUUCGCCGUUUCAUCUGCCGACGUGGUCCCCCCUUAGAAUUUUUUUCUGAUAAUGGGACGAACUUGAAGGGUACGAGCAAAGAGUCAAAGGCGAAUAUGCAGGCAAUUGGAGAAGAGAGUGCCAAUGAAUUCACUUCAGCUCGUACGAAGUGGACAUUUAGCCCCCCAGCUACCCCCCAUAUGGGUGGGGUGUGGGAAAGACUUGUCCGGUCAGUAAAGGCAGUCUUGUCAGUUCUAGAUGAUGGACGACGAUUAACAGAUGAAGUUUUAUUAACAUCAAUAACCGAAGCUGAGGAUAUAGUGAACUCGCGUCCUCUUGUCUACGCAUCACAGGAAUCGGAGGAGGCGUUGACACCAAAUAAUUUUCUUCGGGGAGUGUCCCCCAAUGAACCACGGCAAGGAACACCCCCCACGUAUCCGGCAAAAGCUUUGAGAGAUUCAUUUCAUCGAUCGCAGCAGUUGACUGAAGAAAUGUGGAAAAAAUGGAUUCGUGAAUACGUUCCGUCAAUUAGUGGACGGCCAAAAUGGUUUGCUGAAUCCAAAAAUUUGCAAGUAGGCGAUCUUGUAUACGUCGUAGAAGGUAAUAAACGAAAGUGUUGGGUCCGUGGAAUCGUCGAAAACCCAAUAGUGUCGGGUGACGGGAGAGUUCGGCAAGCGUGGAUUCGAACCAAUAGCGGUCUCUGCAAGCGAGCAGCGACGAACCUGGCUGUCUUAGAGAUAACUGAUAGUGACACUGAACCGGAAGUGGCCUCCGGUACAGGAUCACGGGCCGGGGCAUGUUGUGAACGAUACCACAGGGCAUACAGUUCGCUCUCCGGGAUCAGGCAAAACAAUCACCAGCACACAGUUGGCUGCCCGGGAUCAGGCGAAAAAAUCACCAGCGCUGACGUUAUCACCAGGGGCGCACCAGCCAGCAGAGCGACCGCGAGAACAAUAGAGAAGGUGACGGUGCAAGAUCAGAAGUGGUGAUUGUAGCGCAGUGAUUUGCAGCGAAAUUUAUACAGGCUAAUAAGAAAGCACAAUUUACAUUCAUUUUCAUUAAAUUAAGUAGUUCUAAUCUAAUAAAACUCGAAAUAAGUAAGUCACAUGAAAACGGUAUUGGGAAAAAUUAAAUUAAAAUAAAAAUAUAAUCUAUUAGGCAUAAAUAGACUAAAAGUAGUCUUGGAAAAUCUUUGAUAGAUUAAAUCGGUAUUCAACCUAUGUGAGUAAAACUAAUUGAAAUUCAUUAAAACCCAAAUUUAUUGAUGCACAAAAACAGUUUAAAAUAGGAUACAAGUUGCAUUGGCGCUACGGAUCUGUAACGGCAUUAUCUAUCUGCAGGAGGAAAGGCAAAUUUGGGUUUGUACACUAUAAUUGUAAGCCGAAACAUUUAUAUCUUUAAUUAUAAGUAACUCAACCUAAAUAAAUAAUUUGUAGCUUUGAUCAGCUCCAGAAGAAGUGGCUGAUUUCAAUAACUUAUAUUUCUACAACCCGAACACCACCAGCUCACCUCGUUUUGACCUGGGAGCGACCUAACUGCUGUCAAAACACUUCUUUGUUCGCUCGAUUUUGACCCAGUAUCUGGCGUGCUGCCCGAAGCGCACUGUGAAAUUUGUUAGCUUCAACCCACCACCGCACGUGCUUAGUUCGUAAACAAUUAUCUGGUAUCUCUUUCUUACUUGCGUCGUGAAUCGCGAUGCCGUUUCUUUAUUCCUCGGCAGAUUUCCCCUUAUCCAGUGGAAUAAAGAAAUUCGCUAUAAAACUAAUCCAGCAUAUAAUUUAUCUUUUGAACGAAAUUACUGAAAAAUCGGCUCUUUACGAAUGCGUACCGCGAUUCUUGGCAUAAAAUGGCAUCUGUCCCGAGAUUAUAGUUCUCAUCCCUAUAAAAACCUGAUCUCCGCAAAUAUUAGAAUAAAGACAAAGUUAAAUUGUUCAAGA